CGAAAUCAAAAUGGCGAAAAUUAACACGAGUGUUGUCAUGUAUGUCCUUGAAAAAAGUAAUUCUUUAAAAAUGAUGAAUUCCCAAAACAUCGCAUUUUUAUCGCAUUUAGUGAGUUCGAAAAUAUCGUCAAAAUGAAACUUAUUGACAAAUCCAUUGAUAAAGAAGGCCAAGGGUAUGUGACCCUUGUGCCCGAGGAACCUGAAGAUAUGUGGCACGCGUACAAUCUCAUAUCGGAGGGAGAUUACGUCCGCAGUAGCACAGUCCGAAAAGUGCAGUCCGAGUCGUCAACAGGUUCUUCCACAUCAAACCGUGUCAGAACCAUGCUGACGAUCGCCGUUGAAACGAUCGACUUUGAUACUCAAGCAUGCAUGCUAAGACUGAAGGGGAAAAACGUGGAAGAGAACCAAUACGUCAAGAUGGGGGCCUACCACACGCUGGACCUCGAAAUGAACCGAAAGUUUCGCCUGACCAAGCACGAGUGGGACUCCGUGUCCCUCGAGCGCGUGGAAAUGGCCUGCGACCCGACCAAGAGCGCCGACUUGGCCGCUGUGAUAAUGCAAGAUGGGUUGGCACAGAUCUGCUUAAUAACGUCCAGCAUGACCAUAGUUCGGGCCAAAAUCGAGGCGUCCAUUCCGCGAAAACGCAAAAACUUCAUCCAACAGCACGAAAAGGCGUUGGCGAAGUUUUACGACAAUAUUAUUCAAGGCAUCUUGAGGCACAUUGACUUCGAUAUCGUCAAGUGUGUCAUAAUUGCCUCGCCAGGGUUCGUCCGCGACCAGUUUUACGAAUACAUGUUUCAAAUGGCUGUUAAAACCGAUAACAAGACGCUUUUGGAAAAUAAGUCUAAGUUUAUGUUGAUUCACUCGUCUACAGGGUUCAAACAUUCGUUGAAAGAAAUUCUCCAAGAUCCGGCUGUGGUUAAUAAAAUUUCCGACACCAAAGCGGCUAGCGAAGUUAAAGCACUUGAAGUUUUCUACACGACGCUGCAAUGUGAGCCGGAUAAGGCAUUUUAUGGGAAAAAACACGUGGAGAAGGCUAACGAGGCACAAGCGAUUGAGACACUUCUUAUAUCUGAUAAUCUGUUUAGGUGUAAAGAUGUAAAUUUACGUAAAGAGUAUGUAAAAUUGGUAGACUCUGUGAGGGAAAAUGGAGGCGAUGUUAAGAUAUUCUCAAGUCUGCAUAUAUCAGGAGAGCAACUAGAACAAUUGACCGGCAUUGCAGCAAUUCUCCGCUUCCCAAUGCCCGAACUCGACGAAGACGAUGAAAGCGAGACCGAAGACUAAUCAUGUCAAAAACACUGGUUGUAUUCGCGUUUUUAACUCUUUGUUGAUCAUUUUUAAAUAAAUUAGGGAAUUUGUUGUAUAUUUUUAAUUGUUAUGUGAAUAAUUGCUGUAGAUUUUUAGUGAAUUCCUUCAAUUCUAUUUAUUUAUAAGAUGUACAAUUAAGUAACAGGAAGAUUACUAUUUAUUGCAUAACUUAAUCCACUGAAAUAUUUUAUGUACUUUAUAAAAAAUAAAAUAAUUAUGAAACUGA